GAAGAAAGAAGCGGCCACCGCAGUGCCACGACUCGCGCCAUGAAUAAUCUCAAUCUCCUCUUCCGACUCCCCCCAUUCACCCAACUAGACAGAGAUAGAACAAUCCCUUCCUUUCCCCAAACAAAACGCCAAAAACCCUAAAAAUCAAAAAAAUCCAAACACAGCCAAAUGGAUCAUUACAAGGUCCUCGGCUUGCACCGAACCGCGACCAAGGAAGAGAUCAAAGCAGCGUUCAAGAAACUCGCGUUCCAGUUCCACCCCGACAAGCAUUCGCAAUCGCCCAAAGCCGUUAGGGAAAACGCCACAAUUCGAUUCAAGCAGGUCUCCGAGGCCUACGAGGUCCUCAUGGACGAUCGCAAGCGCGCCGACUUCAAUUUCCGCCGGGGCUCCGCCGCCGGCGCCGGAAACAACUACUAUUCGCAGUACAGCUACGGCUACGGCAGGGGUGGAGGCAGUUACGAGUAUAAACCUAGGUCUGGUGGCAGUGGCGGUGGCUUCGCGUCCAAAUUUGAACUCGCGCUUCGGAUUUUGACGUCGCGGUCUUCGCUUCUCAAUCUCGGUUUCGCAGCGGCUAUAUUAGGUGGGAUAGUUGUCAUUGAUUCAAGCGGAGAAUCCUUGUGGAGAGUGCAAAAUUCUGGGAAAUCUUUUGAAGAAGCCAUGAAGUCCAUUGAGAAAGCCAAAGCGUAUAGAGAAGAUAACUUGAAGGAACGUCCUUGAUUGAAUUUGUCUGUUCCCGUUUCACCCGCCACCUGAAAGCUUCGUCACGUUUAAUAAAUAAUGAAUGAUGAAGCUUUCAUUUUUUUAGGUUUGGCUGGAAAAAGAAGAGUAUGGAGAAAUGCGAUUAUUCUUCUUUUUGUUUCUUUCUUAUCUCCUGUAAUUUUCUUAUUGAUCUGAAAUUUACAAUGUAAGUACUUGUUGUCUUGUUCCAUGCACGGCCGAUACUUGUAAAAUACAAAUUCAUGUAAAUAGAUUACAGUACAGUACUACAGAUGUCUCAACAUUAUAAUGGAUUAUUAUAAAUAUUUAUUCACUUUCA